UUCCUGCCUCGAGGACGCAGACCGUGUCACUCAGCCUUGCGCUACCCCCACAGCUAUCUACUGGCGCCCCCAUCCUCUCCGCAUCCGUCUUAUGACUAUUCUCUUCGCCAACCGUAGGACGACCGGCUUCGUGACGGUCCUCAUUCUCUCUGCGGUUGUGUUGGGCAUUUCAGCCUACUUUGGGCACGAGUUUUUGCCAAAUCAUGCAGCGGACAUUACGAUUUUCUCCCUGGUUGUGUCGUCCUUGACCAUCCUAGUGCUCAUUGUGCUACUAGUAUGGUCUCAACCUCGGAUUGAAGCGUUCUGGUUGUUCGUGCUGGCAGUCUUAUGGCUAGCCAUGGGCGCGUGGUAUGACGACCUACAAGGGCAUACUGAUUGCUCUGCCUUGACUGAUGCUCUACGAACCACCACGAAUACUGGAACAAUCUCCUCACGAGCAUACUGCUACGAAACAAAAGUGGUGGAAGCAUUCUCAUGGAUGACCUUCAUCCUUCUCGCUGUCUACCUAAUAAUUCUCAUCGCAUUGACCGGUCGUUCACAAGUGCUAGGCAGACCCUACGCCUGGCAAGAGCCCAUCAUCGAGCUUCCCUGGUUUGGCGAGUACCCGGGCUACCCAGGGCCCUACCAAUACUCCGACGGCUACGCGCAGAACGGCCAGAUGAUGCCUGGCUACGGCCAACCGACGUAUGUGUACCCUGGCAUGAUGGGGGGCGGACAAAUGCCCUAUGUCAUCAGGCAGAAUCCCGGCGAGUCGAUCGUCAUCCAGCCGGGCAUGAACGGGGGUGCGCCUUUUGUGCAGCAGGUGCAAGCAUAGGCAAAGUGCGAUGCCAGACUUUACUACGGAAUUCACGAGUCCUUUUGUGAGAUGCAUUGAUUGUACGUUUAUUGUAGGAAACCCUCCAUGUAACAGCUUAACGGAAUGCUCGCCUGCUGCCAUCCUGUUGUCGUACGUGUACUGUAGCUGUGUAGUGUAGAAAUGCAUGGCAUGACUUUCCC